AUGUUGGGAAACCCCUAAAAAUUCCACAAUAGUUUUUUUUUUCGUAAAAAAAAAUUGGAAACAUAGUCUGACAAUCAAAAGAUUUUUCGUGUCAUUUAGUCAACAUUGCAGCAUGUUUUCAGUCGCUAAACGUCUUACCAUUCGCAGCAUUGUUUUGUUUUGAAUUACACCGAAGAUAGCCGCCCACGGGGGAGACAACCAGUAGGCGCUCACUCGCCCAGGACAGACGUCGCGAUGAAGGGUCUGCUGACCGUGUGGCUGAUCGCCGCGGCGCUUGCUGACGCGGUCGGCGGGGCGCUGCCCACGGUGUACCAGCACUUCGCGGCGGGCGGGGUCUCGUCGGGGCUGGAGGCCGGAGCCUCGGGCUUCCGGCUGAACGGCCGCGCCCUGACCGUGCUGAGCGGCGCCGUGCACUACUUCCGUGUGCACCCCGAGCUGUGGAGGGACCGCCUGCGCAAGCUGCGCGCCAUGGGCUUCAUCGCCGUGGAGACGUACGUGCCGUGGAACUUGCACGAGCCGCGCAAGGACCAGUACGACUUCGGGGACGGCGGGGACGACAUGUCGGAGUUCCUCAACAUCACCAGGUUCCUGCAGACGGCCCAGGAGGAGGACCUGCUGGCGGUGAUCCGUCCCGGGCCCUACAUCUGCGCUGAGUGGGAGUUCGGGGGACUGCCCAGUUGGCUUCUGAGAGCCAAGAACUUCGAAGUGAGGACAGCGAAUGCAGAGUACCUCGAACGAGUUGAGAAAUACUUCGACAAACUGUUUCCCAUUCUUGCAAAGCAACAGUUUGUGAAUGGGGGACCAAUCAUAGCAAUACAGAUCGAGAACGAGUACGGCGCGAUGGCGAAGUCGACGGGCGACGCUGGCAAGCGCUACCUGCAGUACAUCGCCCAGCUGCAGGACCGCCACGGGCUCAACGCCUCGCUGCAGUACACCGCGGACAGUCCGUCCCGCUCCGCCCUCGGCAGGGUGGGCAACUACCUGAUGACGGCCAACUUCAAGGACAACCCCUCGGGCGAGCUGGACACCCUGAAGAAACUGCAGCCGGACAAGCCCCUGUGGGUGAUGGAGUACUGGACCGGCUGGUACGACCGCUGGAUGGGCGCGCACGCCGGCAUGGACACCGGGGGGUACGCCUCGAGGGUGGAGGAGAUCCUGCGGUACCCGGCCUCCAUCAACCUCUACAUGUUCCACGGCGGGACCAGCUUCGGCUUCCUGAACGGAGCCAAUGUGGCCACUGGCUUCCCUUCCGUCACGUUCGACGUCAGCAGCUACGAUUACGCGGCGCCGCUGUCGGAGGCGGGCGACUACACGGAGAAGUACAACGUGACGAGCGCGCUGGCCGCCAAGUACAACCCGGUGCAGCUGAGCACGCCCGCCCGCCCGGCGGAGAGCACGAAGCGCGCUUACCCCGCCACGCCCGUGUCCGGCAUGCUGGACCUGGGGCAGCUGCUGGCGCAAGUGCCGAGCGGGGACCGCGUGAGGUCGCCCCGCGUGCUGGCCAUGGAGACAUUGGACAUCAACAACGGCAGUGGCCAGAGCUACGGCUACGCGGUGUACCGGAAGACGGGUGCGACGGUGCCCGAGGGCGCCACGCUGAAGAUCGAGGGCCGGGUGCACGACGUGGGGAUGCUGCUGUUCGACGGCGAGCGCCAGACCGAGGCCUUCACCGGCGUCCAGCAGACCAAGGGCUUCGGCUACUACGACGCCAGCGACGCUGAGUUCGAGGCGAGGCAGGCCCUGAGGAACGGCACCCUGGACCUGCUGGUGGAGAACUGGGGGCGGGUGAACUACGGCUACUCGACGGCCACCUUCCGCCAGUGGAAGGGGCUGUGGGAGGGCGACGUGCUGCUGGAUGGAGCUGCCCUCAGGGACUGGGAGAUCAUCGCCCUGCAGUUCAACAAGCGCUGGGUGCAAGGCCUGACGGGCUGGCGCGAGGUCGCCCGGACCUCCGGCCCCACGCUGUACCGCGCCAGUCUCGACGUCGCGCUGCCCGCUGACACCUUCCUGGACAUGUCGGCCUGGGGCAAGGGCGUGGCGUUCGUGAACGGCUUCAACGUGGGCCGGUUCUUCAGCGGCGGGCCGCAGCGCACGCUGUACGUGCCCGCGCCGCUGCUCCGCGCGGGGGCCAACCAGAUCAUGGUUUUCGAAAUGUACACGCCAGCGAAGGAGAUAGUUUUCUCCUCAACACCAAAACUCAGCUGAUGAGGUCAGUGAAUAAAGAUGAUGUAACUUCAGAGUAGUCUUCAUACGACGUUAUAAAUUAUGAAGCAUUUAAAAAUUAAAGUGGCAUGUUAUAAAAUA